GGGGCGGCCGCAGGCUGCGGGAGCGGCCGCCUCGGCCCCUGGAGCCCCGCGACCCCCGGCGAGGCCUCCCCGCCGGGGCAGGACAGUAUUGGAGCAGCCUACCUAAUGAUCCACCUUCCUGACUCUUCCUAACUUAAAGCCUGGAAUAUAAAAAGUGAUUUAAAUGCCAUAGCAUAUUUGAAAUCAAGCUGUCCUUCCAUGGAAUACUCAUGGCCUGAGGAAAAUGUCACAGGGCUGCCUUCUCUUCUCACCAGAAGGAAGGGUUUCUUACCAUGGCCAUAACACAGUUUCGACUCUUUAAAGUCUGUACUUGCCUGGCAGCAGUGCUUUCGUUCAUUAAAAAGUUAAUAUGCAGGUCUGGAAGAGGGCGAAAGUUAAGUGGAGACCAAAUAACUUUGCCAACCACAGUGGAUUAUUCAUCUGUUCCUAAGCAGCCUGAAGUAGAAGACUGGUCUUCAUGGGAUGAAGAUGCACCUACAAGUGUGAAGAUUGAAGGUGGCAAUGGUAAUGUGGCUGCUCCACAAAAUUCUUUGGAACAAAUCGAACCUGAUUAUUUCAAAGAUAUGGCACCAACUAUAAGAAAAACUCAAAAAAUAGUUAUUAAAAAACGAGAGCCUUUAAAUUUUGGAAUUCCAGAGGGAAACACAGGAUUCUCUAGCAGAUUAGCAGCCACACAAGAUAUUCCUUUUAUUCACCAAUCUCCUGAACUGGGAGACCUGGAUACUUGGCAAGAAAAUACAAAUGCCUGGGAAGAAGAGGAAGAUGCUGCUUGGCAGGCAGAAGAAGUUCUUAGACAACAGAAGAUAGCAGAAAGGGAAAAAAGAGCAGCAGAGCAACAGCGAAAGAAAAUGGAGAAAGAGGCACAAAGGCUAAUGAAAAAGGAACAAAACAAAAUUGGUGUAAAACUGUCCUAACAGAAGCCACACAGCAAUGGCAGUGCCAGUGAAAAGAGAAUUUCAGCUCCAAAAGAUACAUAUUGGUAUUGAUUUAACUAUUUAUAGGACUUCAACACACUGCUUGGUUUCAGUGCAUUCUUCAGGUCAUCUUGGAAGCCAGGAUUUUCCCAAAACAUCUUGAACUACUAGUAUGUAGUUCUUAAAGAAGAAAAGCCCUACAGAAAAUCAUGCCUUGAUGGAAUGUUUCCUGCAAUAGUUCUUUUCCAGCACCCUUCUUUGCAGCAAGUGAUUGACAAGGAUGUUAAUUGAAAAACACUCUAAAUGAACAGCUCAAGCCUAGGGAAAAGAAUGUAAAUAUUGAGUGGUGGGAAAUCUACCUGUAUUGUCUGUGCUUACCUGAAACAUGUAAUUAAACAGUUUUAAAGAA